AUGGUUUGUACCUUCAGGUUUAAGAAGUACCAGGACACAUUUCCUCCAUGUGCUGAUGUUGUUGCCGGCACUACAGUUCGCACCGCCAUAAUCACUGACAAAAUGAAAAAUAUGGUGGGCAUUUUCUGCAGGUUCAUCAAAAGCAUCUGUAAAUUCCAGACCGCCAUGAAAGACAUAUUGAUCAGGAGCAAUUUUGAGGCCUACCUCCGACUUAACUGGCAUGACUUCUCCUGCAGGUACAUUUCAUCUAUGGGAAAGAUUGAAUCCGUUGGCCUGAGUGUCGAGGAUGGAGACUUGUCUUACCUGAAGAGGCGCGUCAUCAACAACAAGCUGUUGAUAGUGGACUUCCUGGUCAACGACCUGUCGUUCUACCAGGAGACUGAAAGUUUCAGAAACAUGGCCGACUCCGGGACCAUGAUGGCAUCCGCAUGGAUGUACGGGGAAAACGACCACACUGCCCUGAAUCAGAAAGCAGACAUGAUCAUGAAGCUGUUACUUAAGUCUGAGAUCUCUCCCAAACUCGGAGGGUUUGGGAGAGAUCUCAGAAGGGUAAUGUCAUCCAAAUCCACCUCAAUGAAAUGA